AUGCAAGCAGGUGGACUCUUCGCUGAAAAUUCGGAAGCGCCAGAGCUCCCCGUAAUGGAUAACGCUCCAGACGAAUGGACAAAGAAGGCAUAUUCGCCUAAGGGAUGGAGUAAAAACCUUGUGCAAGAUAACAUUUUAGCUCUGUACAUACUGCAGCAUCUCAAGGACCUAUCGGCUAAAGAUAUUGCCGAACUCUAUGAACAGUUCUUGGGAAGUCCUACCAGGAGCAAGCGUGCCAUUAGACAAGACAGUGCCAUCGCCCAACUCGCAAAAUUGCUUUUAGGACUGUCCUCAAGCGCAACCAGCGAUAUUUCAAAGGUGGUCACUGUGCAUCUUCUGCGAUAUUUGUACAGGAAGCGAAAUACACCGAGAUGCUACGAAGGUAUCGGAUGUUUCAAUUAUGAAGAUCGACUGGGUCUGGAUUUGGGGGGACCUGACCCCCCAGAAGAUGUUGGUACAGUUAUGACUCUGUACGGCUCCGAGUUUGAUUACGCAAUCCAAGUGAACGCCUCAGUGUGGAAGGUAAAAUAUGUAGUAAACACGGGAAUUGAACUGCAAAAGCCACUAUGUGCUGUAAUACACGGAUUUAACUUCAAUGAUAACAACGAUUGGAUGUACGAGAUCAAGGAUGCUUUGUUGAAAACGGUCGUUUUGCCAGGCCCCUAGAGUCGUCCGCAAUUAUCAUCAUCAAUACUCUCGAAGAACAAGAGGAAGAAUUCUCCUUGGCGCGACUGCGUGCUCUAUAUGCUACAGAUGGCUAUGCUAUUCGUGGUUUUGCCUGCGAUACGCGAAGCUGCGACAACACACGAUGACAGCAUACGACAGCGUACGACAGGCCGGGUUCCUAAACUGCUCCGCACCUAAAGUGUUCGCGGAAAGGCUUCUGUCGCCCCGUAGUUGGUUCAUGUGAGUACGUAGCUUAACCCCAGCAGUGGCCUGUGCGUUAUCAAGGGGCAACUGGUGAGCUUUCUAGGGAAAUGGCUGCGUCAAGCGAGAACAUUUUAAACAUAAUUAAACAAAACGAACAGCUUCGCGGAUAUUCCAUCUUCACAUAGGAAAUGAUAUCGGAAUUCUUUUUUGCUGAAAUCGCAAACAAGUUGCUGGUUUAUGCUGAAAUCCACAACAGGUUCUAACAUAUUUGCUGCUUCCACUUGGUCCAUGACCAGAUAUUGCCUAGUACAUAUGCUAGAGUUAGGUUAAUGCCCGCUACGCCACCAUAUUGUAAGCAAGAAUUGUAGCGCCGUGACUUCAGUACGUUCUCAUUUUAUCGCAGAAACACGUCGAAUUAAAGGGAUGAGAAUGUCCUAGGAACGCUGACGAAUCAAUUUUGGACCUGCCGAUGACACUGCGCAUACGAUAUUGAAUCAUAUACAACGUUAUAAUACUCAUGUGACGUCAGACAGCGUUUGCUGCGUCUGUUAAUCAGGGCGCAUUUAAAACGGGGCCACAGUAGUUGCAUUCCGACACAUGCAUACCAAAGUCUCAGUGGAGGCUAAACCACCAUAGGCGGGCCAAGGUUAUCCGCAUUUGCCGCUACGGCACUGCUUAUAAUCGUAUCUUUGUUUUAUCAACAAUGAAAUUAGGCCGCUGCAAUAACUUGCAGGAUAUAUCUAUGCUGUACAUGCAAGCUGCUGCUCCAGACACGUCGUCUAGUCCUAGCCAAGCGCGUAAACAGAAAGGCUGAAGAUGCAAUGCGCACGGAUUUUUAGGGAUUGUAUGUGACGUAAGAAGGAAGGAAUGGCUGGUAGAAUCCGACGAAGAAGA